GUCUUCUUGCCUCUCCAGCGCCCGGGGUAGCCCAGGCCCGGGAGAGAGCAGCGGAGAUUCGAGCCUCGGAGGGUGGUUGCCGGCUUUCGAGCAGGCUUGGAGACUCUGCCUGCGUCCUCCACUUCGUCCCGGCCCUUGUCCUGUGGCAGGUGCUCCGCUCAAGAUGAAUCUCAACUUCACCUCUCCUCUACACCCGGCGUCUUCUCAGAGGCCCACAUCCUUCUUCAUCGAGGACAUCCUGCUGCACAAGCCCAAGCCGCUGAGAGAGGUGGCCCCAGACCAUUUCGCCAGCUCUCUGGCCUCUCGGGUGCCUCUGCUAGACUAUGGCUACCCCCUCAUGCCCACACCCACCCUCUUGGCUCCUCACGCCCAUCACCCUCUGCAUAAGGGAGACCACCACCAUCCUUAUUUCCUCACCACCUCGGGGAUGCCAGUCCCAGCGCUGUUCCCGCACCCGCAGCACGCGGAGCUGCCGGGGAAGCACUGCCGCCGCCGCAAAGCCCGCACGGUUUUCUCUGACUCGCAGCUCUCGGGCUUGGAGAAGAGGUUCGAGAUCCAGCGCUACCUGUCCACGCCAGAACGAGUGGAGCUGGCCACGGCCCUCAGCCUGUCCGAGACGCAGGUGAAAACGUGGUUCCAGAACCGGCGGAUGAAGCAUAAAAAGCAACUGCGGAAAAGCCAAGACGAACCCAAAGCACCAGAGGGGCCAGAAAGCCCCGAGGGCAGCCCCCGCGGUUCAGAGGCCGCCACCGCCGCCGAGGCUCGGCUGAGCCUGCCCGCCGGUCCCUUCGUGCUGACCGAGCCAGAGGACGAGGUGGACAUUGGAGACGAGGGGGAGCUGGGCUCAGGGCCGCACGUGCUCUGAGCCGCCAGGCUGGGGAGGGUAGUAGGCAGGGGAGGAGACUGCGGGGCCGAGCGCGGUUCCCUCCCGGACCGGAAGACUCAGACUCCAGUCUCGUGGCGGGCCUUGGAGAUCCGCUCCUGGAAGACAAACAAAACCCACCUGUCCUCCAGGCCGGUGCGGAGCCAGCACGGCCCGCGGCCCGGCCUCCCGCCUCCCCUCUAGCCCUCCCGGUCCCAGCCACGGGAGACUGUGCGCCCGGGCGCCCAUUUUCCUGCGUCCGUCGUCCUUGGGGUCAGGGACCAGCCCAAGCACCGCGUCCCAGACUGGAAAUUCAGCUCUCGGCUCUCUGUUUUCUCCGAUCAUAGACCCCUUUCUCCCUCGCCUCCGAGCAACUUGCCCCUAGCUCUGUUCUUUCCUCUCCACGCCAAGUCCUUGCCCGUUCUUGGGCAGUCCGUUUGGCUGCAAAGGGACCAGGUCUCUGGGGCCUCCGCUCCGCCGAGAUCCAGAUAGAACCACAAUCUGAUCUUUAAAACGUCCAGUGUCAGGACAGACUCGUGCACUGCUCGUCACUAACCUCCCACUCGCCCCCAUCCCCCAUCCCCAGAGUCCCAUCUCUGACUCAAAUACUAAGGCGACUCCCUCCUUCUCUGGGCGGCGCUUCCAUCCUCUCCCGUCCCGGUUCUCCUCUAGAGCUCGCAGUUCUGCAUCCUGGCACCCUUCCUGAGUUUGUAGCCCCCAGGCGCAGACGCCCCUUACGCCCUGCCUCCCGCGUACUGCGCGGCGCCAGCGCGCGGCGGGAAACUUGGGCACAGAAAACCCCUAGAGCAAUUUCUGCUUCCCGAACUUGUUGCGCUCCUGUCCCGCAACGCUUCCACGUUCCACGGGCUACUGAUAUUUUAAAAGUGAGUGUUCCUCGGGUUGUGUGUGGAAAUAUUCAUUCCCAGUGCAUUUUAGGAAAUCAAGAUGAAGGCCAAAGGGUUAAGGCUAAAGGCGUUCCGGGCGUGCACCUGUUUGGGGAAUAGAUGGGGCGGGGGUCUGAUUGACUUUGCGCUUUACCCCUCUCCUUUUCCCCUGGGAGGUCUCUUAUUCUUUUACCGGGUUUGUAGGCUCGCAGGGCAAAACUGGGAAUGAUCACGCGUUUCCAGGAAUGGUUUGCCACCGCGUUCUCCUACGCGUACGCCCCCUCCGCUCGGCCCUAGGCAGUUUCCUAGUCCCUGUAGAAAUGAACUUGCGAAUAACCUUUCAUUAACUGAUCCCCUCCCUCUCACUCCAAAUUUUCUGUUUCGAAUCGUUUGAUUAAUGGUCUUGAGUUCCACCUAAGUGGAAAAGUGGCUCUGGUAUUUUGUGGCUCUGAAAUGCUGAAGAGACAGAGAUGUAUUGAUAUUUGGAGUUUGAAAUUAUACUACUGAAUUGUGUGAUGACCCUACACACUCAGUAUACAUAUAAAUAUAGCAGCUGUGCCAGAGGC